AAACACAAUCUAGGACUACAGAAAACUUCUUCAAAUUUUCCAAUUUCUUGCUGUGUCUUUUCUAGAUUCAGAGCAUGGAAUUUUUCAGUCAUUUUUUCGCCUUUAUUAUCGUAUUAUCGUCUAUCCAAAUGGCGCUAGGUGACUCCGGCACCAUCGGAGUAAACUACGGCCGUGUGGCUAACAACCUCCCAUCGCCGCCGCAGGUGGUGCAACUCCUUAAAGCGCAAGGUCUGACCAAAGUGAAGCUCUACGACUCAGAUUCCACCGUUUUGACCGCCUUUUCAGGCUCUGGCAUUUCCGUCACGGUGGCGCUCCCUAAUGAACAACUCUCCUCCGCCGCUGCUAGCCAGUCCUACACAGACAACUGGGUCCAGACCAACAUCAUCCCUUACUACCCUAAAACCCUCAUCGACGCCAUUGCCGUUGGUAAUGAAGUCUUUGUAGACCCUAAAAACACCACAGUUUACCUCGUGCCGGCCAUGAAAAAUGUUUACGCAUCACUCUCAAAGUUCGGCGUGGCUUCGAAUAUCAAAGUCUGUUCUCCUUUAGCAUUAAGUGCACUCCAAUCUUCAUACCCUUCUUCAUCUGGGUCAUUCAAAUCGGACCUUAUUGAACCAGUGAUCAAACCCAUGUUGAGUUUUCUAAAACAAACGGAUUCUUAUCUCAUGGUCAAUGCGUAUCCGUUUUUCGCCUACAUAGCCAAUACAGACACCAUUUCUUUAGACUACGCUAUGUUCAGAGAUAACACAGGCGUAACUGACCCGAAAAACGGGCUCGUAUAUAAAAGCCUGCUCGAGGCCCAAAUCGACGCCGUUUUUGCAGCCAUGAACGCUUUGGGAUUCAAUGAUCUGAAAAUGGUGGUUUCUGAAACUGGGUGGCCUUCAAAUGGAGAUGAAAAUGAAGUUGGCGCAACUCCGGCCAAUGCUGCAGCGUAUAACGGCAACCUAGUGCGCAGAGUGCUCACUGGUAGUGGGACCCCCUUGAGGCCCGAUCAGCCUCUUAACGUCUAUUUAUUUGCCCUCUUCAAUGAAAACCAGAAGACCGGGCCCACUUCUGAACGUAAUUACGGGCUUUUCUACCCGAAUGAAAAGAAAGUCUAUGAUAUACCACUCACACUGGAAGGUUUAAAGAAUCAGCCCACGAUGAACAAUGGAAGCAAGAAUCAAGUUCCGGCAGCUGCAGCGCCACGACCGAGUGGGAACGUUUCAGUCGGCAAUUCCGCGCAGACAUGGUGUGUGGCCAACGGCAAGGCCGGGGAGAAAAAGUUACAGGACGCACUAGAUUAUGCUUGCGGUGAGGGCGGAGCUGAUUGCCGUCCGAUUCAAGAGGGUGCUACAUGUUACGAUCCUAACACUCUCGAGGCUCAUGCAUCUUAUGCAUUCAAUAGUUAUUAUCAAAAGAACGCUAGAACAAGUGGUGCUUGUGAUUUUGGUGGUGCGGCUUACCUGGUCACUCAAUCUCCUAAAUUUGGCAGUUGCGAGUUCCCCACAGGAUACUGAAUUGGAAGAUUUUAUUGGAGUUUUGGAUAUGUUUGUCAAUUGCAUUAUUUAUGUGGGGAUAGGAAUUGUUAGUUUAGCUGAUUUUUGACAUUUUAUUGCUGUAAUUAGCUACCUAAUUUGGAAUUUCAUUCUACAUAUUUCGUAAUAGAUUCAUAUUAUUGGUUGGACUUUUGCCUUCCUUGUAUCUCUUGUUGGAUUCUUGUAAUCCAUUUAUUUAUUGUAGUUGUUGAUUACCUCAA